UCCAUGGAGAAGAAAAAACAAGUCAGCCAUGGUUGAAGAGAAAACAAAAGUAGAUAGAUAGAUAGAUAUGUUAGAUCCAAAGUAGUUGUUGAUCGUUGAAUUACUUUCUCAAUUUUAAACCUUUAACCAUACCCAAAAAAAAAAAAAAAAAAAAACCCCCGCCAUGGAUCCGACUCAAAUCUCUCAUUUGGCUCUCGACAUCGGAGGGACUCUGGUCAAGCUUGUGUAUUUCUCUGCAAAUGGUGAUUACAACGAAGAGUCUCGUAGUAAUGGUUGCUCUGUUGUGAAAGGGAGGCUUUGUUUCGCUAAGUUUGAGACCAGAAAGAUUGAUGAUUGUUUGGAGUUUAUCCGAUUCAAUAUUCUUCAACAUUCCGGUGUUCAGCAUUCGAAUGGCGCAGUCCAUGAUGAUUAUCUAUCUGUUAAGGCCACAGGUGGUGGGGCAUUUAAGUUUGCUGAUCUCUUUAAGGAGAAACUCGGAAUUCUUUUCGAUAAAGAAGAUGAAAUGCAUUCUCUUGUUGGGGGUGUAAAUUUUCUCUUGAAGACAGUCCCAAGGGAAGCUUUUACCUACUUAGAUGGCCAGAAGGAGUUUGUCGAGAUUGACCAUAAUGAUCUGUAUCCAUAUCUACUUGUUAAUAUAGGCUCUGGUGUUAGCAUGAUCAAGGUCGAUGGAGAUGGCAAGUAUGAGCGGAUAAGUGGAACAAGCCUUGGUGGAGGAACAUUUUUAGGUCUUGGAAAGCUUUUAACGAAAUGCAAGAGUUUUGAUGAGCUGCUCGAGUUAAGUCAUCAUGGAAAUAACAGAGUAAUUGACAUGCUUGUGGGGGAUAUCUACGGUGGAACAGAUUAUUCAAAGAUUGGUCUCUCCUCAACAGCUAUUGCUUCCAGCUUUGGGAAAGCAAUAUCCGAUGGGAAAGAACUUGAAGAUUACCAGCCAGAAGAUGUCGCAAGAUCCCUUCUAAGAAUGAUAUCAAAUAACAUCGGUCAGAUUGCUUAUUUGAAUGCUCUCAGAUUCGGUCUUAAACGUAUUUUCUUUGGUGGAUUUUUCAUCCGUGGGCUCGAGUACACCAUGGACACAAUCUCUGUUGCUGUUCACUUUUGGUCAAGAGGUGAGGCAAAAGCAAUGUUUUUACGACAUGAAGGGUUUCUUGGAGCAUUAGGCGCAUUCACGAGCUACGAAACUCAUAGUCAGAACGAUUCAAAACCGCAUCAUCAUACUGCGCAAAGAGCAAUUCUCAACUGUUCAGGUGAUGAUAACUUACGGCACAUAAAUGAUAGCGAAACCAUAGAAUACAGCAUCAGUUUAGUUUAGCUAUCAACUGUUGUAUUGUUAUCAAAUUCAAUGUAGAAAUAUGUUAAUUAUCAACUGUUUGGAUUCAAGAGCUAUGCUCAUUAGUACUUGUUGAAUAUGUAAGACUCAUUUAUGCAAACAUGAUUCACUUACUAAUAUUCAUGUA